CCUGCCAGAGCCAAUCCGCGACUGGGUGUAAGUAGGGCAAGCCGCUUCCUGGUUCUCAGAAAGAAGGAGCUGGGAGUCGGAGUGGGCCAGCGGAGGCAGCAGACAGGCAGGGGGGUCAGAGCAGCAGAGAGCCGGCGGGCUGCAGAGACAAGACAGGAGCCGCAGGAGAGACGCCGACGCACCUUUUGGCGAAGAUUAAAAAAAGGAGGUGUCGAGCUGAGGACGGCGGGAGCGGUGACCCCCGGUGGAGACAACUAAACAAGAGCAGGGAGGAUAAAAUAAAGAAGAAGAAGAAGAAGAAGUAGAAGAAGUAAGCAGGGUGGGACGGAAUAAUCCAGGAAGUGCGGAGGCCGGUCAGGUGGGAGGCGACGAGCCUGAACAGGUGACACACCGGCACUCAGGUGUAUGAACUCUGCUGACCUCCAAGCAAAGGACCAAAGAGGAGGGGAACGAGCGGGAGGCAGAAGAAAGCAGGCACCCAUCUUCUCCUGGGUUUAUGGACUGGAGGUGGCAAUGUCUCCAGGAGAGGACGGUCUGAUUGGGAUCCCCUUCCCGGAGCACAGCAACGAGCUCUUAUCACACCUAAAUGACCAGAGAAGGUCAGGACUCCUCUGUGACCUCACUCUGACGUCCCGUGGGGCACGCUACCCGACUCACCGCUCCGUCAUGGCCGCCGUCAGUCUCUACUUCCGUCGGCUGUUCGGGACAGAGGAGGGGGGAGGUGAGGGCGGGGGAGGUUUCAGCGUGUGCCAGCUGGACUGCGUGGCCCCCGACGCCCUGGACGCCCUGCUGGAGUUCGCCUACACUGCCACUCUGACCAUCCCCAGCUCAGGGAUGAGAGAUGUGCUGCGAGGGGCUCAGCUCCUGGGCAUCCAGUGCGUGGCUGACGCGUGCAGAGACAUCCUGGGGGAGAAAGCGGAGGUGGAGCCGGCAGAGGAGCAGAGAGCCCAGCACAUGGCUACUGACAGGAUGGCGGGGGGCGAUAGUAUGGUGGAGAGAGGGUCUCGAAGAAAAACGGACAGAAAGAAGGUGAAAAAAGUGGGGCCGCAUCAUAUCAACUCCUCGGUUUUGAACCCACCCCCUGCGUCUCCUGUCUCGCACCCUUCACCUGCAUCCGACAGCUUCCGCUCCCUGCCGUCCACCCAGCCUCCCAGCCCCGAACAGGAGGAGCUUCGCCUCAAAGCUGGGCAGAACGGAGAUCCCAGGGUGAUCAGAAAUCCAGAGAGAGUGGCCACACUAAAUGGCGGGCAGCUUCACUGGCUGCAUGAGCGCCCCCGUAUAGCCCAGCCGCCUCCUGUCCCGCCCUUGAGUGACAAGCUGUCAGAGGACGAGGAGGGUUUUGGGGAUGACAGUAUGCUGAUGGAAAGCACCUCCAUACCUACCUCUGUAGCUGAUCGAGGAGCGGUGGCGUCCACAGUUGGAGGUGGGAGGAAGAGGAAGUCUCAGACGCCCCAGCAGUGCCCCGUUUGUCAGAAGAUCAUCCAUGGAGCAGGGAAGCUGCCCCGACACAUGAGGACACACACAGGAGAGAAGCCCUUUCAGUGCUCAGCAUGUGGAGUCCGUUUCACCCGGAAUGAUAAGUUGAAGAUCCACAUGAGGAAACACACAGGCGAGCGUCCUUAUCCCUGCCCGCACUGCUCUGCCCGCUUUCUGCACUCAUACGACCUCAAAAACCACCUGUCCCUCCACAGUGGGGCGAGGCCCUUCGAGUGCCCGCUCUGCCACAAGGCCUUUGCCCGAGAGGACCACCUCCAGCGUCACCGCAAGGGACACAGCUGCCUGGAGCUGCGGCCACGCCGGCCCAGACGUGGGGCAGAGCUUGGGGAGGAUGGGAGAGGGGACGGAGGCGUGAGGGAGCAGUCCAACCCUCUGGAUGCUUUGUCCUUACAGGCCCAUGCCUCAGCGUUCCUCCCUCACACAUUGCUAGAUGGUGGAAGUGGAUCCGGCGCCGGGCCCCAGAUGAUGUUUCCAGGUGACGUCGAGAGGGAGCGGUCUCUCGCCCUUCAGGCUCUGGCUCAUCUCAGGCCUCACAGGCUGGCCGGCUACCCUGAGCUGUUCCUGCGAAGCCUGGAGCUGCGAGCGGGCAGAGAGGCCGAGGGAGAAGAUCCAGGCGGAACCAACUCGCCAGUUACGCAGCGUGACCGAUGGGCUGAUGAAGCUGAAGAGGAAAUUGGUGAAGAGGAAGCAGAGGAAGAGGAAUAGUGAAAAGAGAGCGUGUGUGUGUGUAAACGUGUGCGUGUCUGUGUGGUAAAGCAUCCACAGUAAAAAAAAAUCUCACUCAGGUGGCUGGACUAACGACCUGCUGCUCCCAUAUAGAGAGCGCUUAAAAAAUAAAAAUGACUUCAUGAUAUUAAAAGAAAAAAAAUGGAAAACGGGUUUUCUUAGAUAUUUUAAAUGUUUGUCUUCUCGCUCUUGGCAUUUUGAUUUCAUUUGUCUUUUAGAUUUUAAUUUCUCGUUUGCUGUUUAAUUUUACGUAUUUCAGGUUUGAGCUGUUUGAUUGGAUUUUUGUAGCUGGACAUGCGUGUGUGGAGUGUGUGGUUACUGGGAUGCUUUUCACUAUGCAAACUAAAAUCCAGAGCUGCGACAUGAAGGGAUAUUUGAAGAUGUUUAUUUUUUAGUUACGACAUAAAUGUAUUGAUUCAGGUGCAAUUCAGAAGUCAUAUCACCUAGAUCACAGGAAUGAGUUUGUAUGCCUGGUUUCCUCUGGUGGUUAUCAACGGAAAUGCAGUCGAAUUAAUCAAACUCGUUCUGUACAUUGUAAGCAAUAAUGUUCGUUUGUGUCUUUUCUCAUUAGUGGUAGAAUCUUUGCUUUGAUUUUGGUGCUGAAACCAAAGAUUUUUAGUUGAAUGGUUUUCUUAAAUCUUAAGUUAACAGGAGAGGAGGGAGGUGAAUUGUAGCCAAUGUUGGAUUUGAAGAGAAGACUCUUCCCAACUGUUUUGAUAGCCAUGAGAGAGAGUCUGCUUCCAUUUUUGAGUGUUUCGGAGCCGCAGGGCUCUGUGUUUAAUGCCUGACCAAAAGAGACAAAGUCUGGGUCAAUGAGUUGAUCAUGUUGAAGAUAAUUCAUCUUUUCCCAAAGGCUUCCAAUGCACUCAUUUGGGUUCCUUGUUUGGAAAAAAAAAAAAAAGGGGUAAAAAAGAAAGUGAGGGGAUGAAAGAGAUAGCAUUCCCCUUUUUUCUGUGCUUAUUUAUUUAUUGUUAUUUAUUAUGGUUCUUCUGCUGAAACUCUUUGUGAGACCAAAUCCAAGGGUGGGACACAUAUUACAAGUCUUACAAGAGCUGCAUUGCGCUAAAGAUUUUGAUUCUUCAUGUAACUUAACGCCUUUUUUUAAAAACGGGCUGCGUGUCUUCUUUUGGCGAUUCUUCCUCGAAUGCAUUCUUUGCACAUUUAACCCCGUCAGGUACUGCAAUAAUACAGGCACAUUCCAUCCUCCGGGGUACAGAGAGAAGGGAACAGAGCAAAGAAGUAGUCAGAGGGUUCAAAACCUUCAAUGCAACUGGAACACAAAAUGACUUUGCUGUUUGACAUUUUCAGCGCGCUUUUUCUGUUGUUAAUUUAACACGUAUAGUACUGUAUGACAUAUUAACAUGGCAGUUCUUAUAGAUCGGCCACCGCUGUGUCUAAAGGGGCCAUUAUCCUUUGAGUUUGACCAAAAACUAUCUUGUUUUCAUCAUGCUUUUCCCUGGACCGGUACAUUAAGGCCUUUUGCAGGGUGUAAUGCAAUCUUUAAUGGCUUUAAACGACAGCAGUUGUCUUUUUAUUUUCCAUUCUCUUGAAACCUAUGUAGUCAGAACCUGCUGUAGCAGUGGCGCUGGUCUGGCCUUGUGUGCACUAUCCGCUCCUUGUUGUGUAGUAAAUCUUUUUUUUUAUUUGCACUAUGAGAUUUGAGAGCUUCAAGCCUUUUUUUUGUCUGACCUUGAAUAUCUAGUCCAUUAACUCACUCGAUACCAUUUAAGAUUGUGAUUGAAAUACUUCUUUAAAACCUGCAUACAAUGAGUACUCUUCCUCCUGCAUAAUAGUACAGAGUUAUAGUCAAUAUAAUAUAUAAUGGGAUGAAUUUGCCUUAGAUUUUUUUGUGCUGCAACUACUCUCAGGAAAUCUUGAGCAAUGCACUAAGUGAUUAUACAGAAUAUAUAAAAUGAGAAGAAAUUGUUUGGUGCUGUUGGACGAUUGACACUCUUCAUGCAAGUGUAAGGCCAGUAGUUUCAAAAUAAGACAUUUUCUAGAAUAGUUGAUGGUUAAAAAACCUGUAGUGAAAAACAGGGAAAUGGUGAUGACAGUAAACUACUGGCCUUACUGGAACCAGUCCUACUGGAAUGGCAGUGUGACAGUUGGUCCCGUUCAUGAAGGGUGUUGGUGCUCCCGGUCGGAGCGCUGUGAAUGAAUGAGGGUUAACUGAUGCCAGCUGUGAAAUGUGUGUUUCUAUGUGAGCUGUUUGUUUUCUUGGCUUCGGUGAAGGGACAUGGGGUCUGGUCUGUGUAGAGACCCCGCUAUCAGGGAUACAUUUUUGUCUUUCAGUUUUUAGUGGAACCUUCUCAGAGAUAUGAAUUCAUUUUCCCAUCAUUUGUUUCAGUUAAUGUAAAGAAAAUAAAUAAACAUAUCCAAGCUUGA